UGACCCGAGAAGCACUCAAGCGGCCGAACAGCGAAGCGUACUUGCGUCUUCCGAACGCCGCCGCAGUCCAAUCCUAACGCGCCGAGAACGGCCAUGGGGGACACAGUGAAGGAUAAUCUACCGGAAUCCGUACGGUCUGCGGUGUUGAAGGAAUCUGUGUCCUUGGACGGCGAAUGUCCCAAAAUUGAGGGUUACGAUUUCAAUAAAGGCGUGAACUAUCGCGAGCUUUUCAAGUCACUGGCUUUCACUGGAUUCCAGGCGUCCAAUCUCGGAGAUGCCAUUGAGUUAGUCAACCAAAUGCUAGAUUGGAGGCUUUCAGUCGAGCCACCGGCAGAAGAUUGCAGUGAGGAGGAGAGAGACCUUGAUUACCGGGAGUCUAUAAGGUGUAAGGUGUUUCUUGGUUUCACUUCUAAUCUGAUCUCCUCUGGCGUACGAGAUAUAAUCCGUUAUCUUGUUCAGCACAGCAUGGUUGAUGUACUGGUGACAACAGCAGGUGGUGUGGAGGAGGACCUUGUGAAGUGUCUUGCCCCUACUUACAGGGGCAAAUUUUCUCUUCCUGGAGCUGCUCUCCGAGCAAAAGGUCUGAACCGCAUUGGUAAUCUGUUGGUUCCCAAUGAAAAUUACUGCAAAUUUGAGGACUGGAUCAUCCCAAUUUUUGACCAAAUGUUAGAUGAACAAAAUUCUCAGAAUGUGCUGUGGACACCAUCUAAAGUAAUUGCUCGCCUAGGGAAGGAGAUAAAUGAUGAAAAUUCAUAUUUGUACUGGGCAUACGUGAACAACAUUCCCGUCUUCUGCCCUGGCUUAACUGAUGGUUCACUAGGCGACAUGUUGUACUUCCACUCAUACAAGAGGGAGCCUGGUCUUGUGAUUGACAUCGUGCAAGAUAUUCGGGCAAUGAAUGGCGAGGCUGUCCAUGCUGCUCCAAGAAAAACUGGAAUGAUAAUACUUGGAGGAGGGCUGCCGAAGCAUCAUAUUUGCAAUGCCAAUAUGAUGCGGAAUGGAGCCGAUUUCGCCGUCUUCAUCAACACCGCACAAGAGUUUGAUGGAAGCGACUCAGGUGCCCGCCCUGAUGAAGCUGUGUCCUGGGGCAAGAUCCGAGGUUCUGCCAAGACUGUCAAGGUGCACUGCGACGCAACCAUUGCCUUCCCUCUCUUGGUAGCCGAAACCUUCGGUGCCCGAGCCGAGAGAUCUGCAAAGAGAAGCUCUCCUGAAUCUUGAUUCUUGGCUGCCUCCGUAGCCCCAUCCCACAACCUCUGAAUUCCAGAAUUUGAACUGCUGUUUGAAAUAGCCUUAAUUUUCUGUCUGUGUUUCCAGAUUUAAUUUAUUGUCAUGUUAGAGGUGUCAGUGGGUUUAAGAUAUAACAAAGACAUGGAACUGCAAAGAAUAGCUUUGUGGCGUGUCGGAACUGAACUUUCAUCUACACCUAUUAAUAAUUUAAGACUUCACAAGUAGGCACAGUUGAUUUGA